GCCUAUCGCUAUCGCUUAGCAUUAUGCGAUAGGCUUCAUGUUUUAAAACCAUAUGUAUAUACAUAACCAAAUAAUUUUUAAGAAAUAAAAUCAAAGUUUAUACUUUAUGAGAAAGAGGAAAAGUGAAAGGUGAAAGAGAGUACGGUGCUGUGUUACAGACGAUUAUCCGUAAGAGAAGAAGAGAGGAAGAUAUCACUUAUAUUUCUACUUAUCUUUACGAUCAGAGGCGGUGCUGAAACCUGAAACUAUUGAAUCUAUUGAAUUUCAAGAAAGAGUUUGUGUAUAUCUUGUGAUACCGCAUCCAUAAAGAAAAGGAAGAGAGUUUGCACCCUAGUGUAUACAAUGGUUAUCUGCAAAUAUUAUCGGCAAGGCAAUUGCCGUUACGGGCAAUAUUGUCAAUUCGAACACAUAAAUAAUUUCGGCAAUACCAAAACUGAUCAUAAUGAGGAUGACAUUGUUGUCACAGUAGCCAAAGAGGUACUUCUUGCGGAGAGAGGUGGACAAUGGUUAUUAUCAUGUUUUGGACCAUUCAGAGACCGUCCCAUCAUACCAGGCAUGGAGGAUUUAUCUCCAGACGAGGUUCGAUGUGAGAUAUAUGAGGCACAAAAAAGCGGCAUGGUUGAACAAGCAAAACUAAAUUUCCAACGAUUGUGCCAAGAUAUGAAGGCGAAAAGAGAAGCGCUGAAGAAUCCCACUCGAGAGACAAUCACAAUGUUGAAAAAGAUCUUGGGAAGCAGCCAAAAAGGUGAGUUGAAUGUAAGUGGCAAUAUAUCCAAUAAAUCAUCUACUUUCUCCUUUACAGCUCCUCAUUUGGGCCUAGUCAAUACUAAUACAUCGACUAAUAAUGUGUUUGGAAAUAAAACAUUUGCCGUGCAAAAUAAUAAUCCAUUUGGAGGAGGAGGAUUCACUUCCUCGAAUAAUACGUCGUCAAUAUUUGGAAAGACUAAUAAUAACUCAACGUCAGUGUUUGGUAAUACAGCGACCUUUGGGAACAAUCUCGGUGGAUUCGCUACUGCGACAAAUACCAACUCCUUCUUCGGUGGAACAACCAACACCUCGACAUCGUUUAACGGUAUACAGAAUAAUACGUCCACGUUCGGGACACCUCAGAAUAAUCCAAUUUUUGGCGGAUCGUCUCAAGCUGUGUUUGGCCAAAAUAAUAAUGUGUUUGGCACUACGAAUCAGCUCGGCAAUGCAUCUUCCACUUCGCUGUUCAACAAUCCGAUGACUUCGCAAGCAAACACUUCUCUAUUUGGCGGAGCGACAACCACUACGCCCAACUUUUUCGGUAGCUCGUCAUCAUCCGGCUUACAGACAAACUCGGUUUUCGGAGCCUCUACCACCUCAUCCGGUUCAUCUUUUAACGGCGGUAUAUUCAACCAGCCGAAAACGCAGAUUCCUGCGUUUGGCGGGGCGCCAGUUUUCGGCGGGGUAACUUCCAAUUAUGCCAAUAAUUCCAACGGCAAUUCCAUCUUCGGCGUCAAUCAAACAUUCGGCGCUACCACAGCGAUACCCACGAGCGGUAUCUUUGGCGGAUCCACUGCCGUCGCGACACCAGCUUUCGGUGUAUCCGCCUCUACGACAACGCCAGUUUUCGGUACGUCCAUCGCCACCACAACAACGUCAGGUUUCGGUACGUCUGUUACUACAACGCCGGCCUUUGAGCUAAACCAACAGCACGGUAAUAAUACUUUUGGAACGACCGCAUCUGCCCCGAAUGUCUUUGGUGGUACGCAAAAUACUGAUGCCACCAUGUCAGUAGGAAACGGUAAUGCACCGUUCGGAACAUCGAUCACCGCUGGUCCGUUCGUUACCGUUAAUUCGCAGCAAUACGAUUCUACAGGCGCGAGCUCAACGCCGUUUGCCGGCACGGGAUUCGGCAUAGCUGUCGCGAACAGUACAUUCGGCACCACAGAAACGUCUUCCAAUCCGAUAUUCGCGAACGCGGGAACUACUUUCGCAACCUCUAACGGAACAAUUCCGAAUUCUUCGUUUCCCACGUCGACGUUCGGCAAUAUUAACGCUUCCUCGUCUACUAGCAGCACAACUCUCACUACAACCACAAAUCCAUUCGCACCGCGAAUGCAACAAGGCGGUACGCCGUUCGGAAACAUACAGACUCAAUCUGCUAUCGGCCUCUCCUCUCCAUUCGGAAAAUCGCCGUUUAACACAACUGCCAACACUGUCAUCGACGAUACUGUUUACAGCGUGGAAGGUGCAUUAACGGAUGACGAAAAAAGCAUGUAUUUGGCUGAGAAAUUUAUUAUCGGUAAAAUACCACUCAAACCUCCUACCAAAGAUAUAAGGUAAUUCCAUUCAGAGAUUUAUAUAGCAAUACGUAUAAAGCAUGUGCUGUGAUAAGGACGAGUUUCUAUUGCUUGUAAAAUAUCCAAAUUUUUCUACGACUCAAUGUACAUAAAAUUAGAUUUUUAGUACAAAUCCGUAGUCAGGCAACUAAAAGCUUUUAGCUUGACGUUAAUUUGACGGUUUCGAAUGUUUUACAAUUCGAAGAAUAAUUUGAAAAAUUAAUGUGACAACAUAAAUCCAAUUGACAUAAUCCAUAUUGAUGUGUAAAAGUGAUUUUGGUUUAAAAACUGCGGUUCAAUAUGUAUAUAUAUUUCUUUUGUACUAAAAUCUUUUGAUUUAUUGAAAUAAAAUCAUUGUUGUUAAUUCGACAGUCCAUUAUGUUUGACAAUUAUAAAUAAUCAACACUAAUUAAAUAUACAAUUUUGAAUGAAUAAUACACAUUAUUUACAUGACAUGUUAAAUAAUACACAUUAUUUAAUGACUAAUACACAUUAUAUACAUUAUGUACAAAUGACAAUUGAUCGUAUCACAAAUUAUGAAUCUGUUGAUAGAUUUUUAUAAUAGAUUAUUCCGUGUGUAUAUGUAUGUGUGUGCUGAAAAAUAGAGGCAAAAAAGAGAA